UGAGACCUCAACGCUUGCGUAAAUAGUAUCAAGACAAACAAGGCCAAACAGAAUAAUAAGGAAAUAACGUGGUAUAUUUAGGUUCCUAUUCAAUAUCGGGAUGGCACAUAAACGCCAUUUAGAGAAGGAAAAGUACAGACAAUGGGUGAAAGCCGGUCUUGGCUUGGGAUACUUAAAAGAAGGACUAGCGCCUUUUUGUGACGAUGUCGCCAAACAACAGCAUAAAGACAUCUUAGAUAACAUUAAACAGACAAAGAAUCUAUCGACUGUGACAUGUGGUCAGUGUGCUCUGAGAACUCUCAAACCAGACCAUGUGAAAAUAGGAAAGAAUCAAUGUCCUUUAGGUCAAGUUAACUGUAACUGCUGCUAUACGAGUGGUAAAAUUGCUUGUCCAAACAACGUAUGUGGCGCCAUCUAUGACAACAUUAUAACUAACCAUGCGUCCACACCACCAGCUCCUUAUUGGAAAAACACCCAAACUCAGCAGUGGACUGGAGAUCCGUGGAGUAUAGCUAAAUGUUUCAUCAACGCCCCUGGAUGUGACCAGAAGACAUCAGCAGCCGACACUGACAACAUGGGAUUACUGCUUAUGAUUAUCAACAACAAGUAUUUUCAUAAUCACAUUCAGUGUAAUGUCGCUGGAGGAGAUGUAUUUUCAAAGGUGAGACAAUGCAGAAACGCGAUACUUCACUCAAGCACCUUGGAAUUAGAAGAGGCAAAAGCAAAUAGUUACAUAGAUGAUAUGAUUGCUGUGCUUCAAGAUGGUAAGGAACUGAUUAACCGAAAAGAUGCUCAGGACGCUGUAAAGAAACUUGAAGAGUUGAAGAAAGACGAUUUCAUAAUUACAACAAACAAUGAAGCGGAUGUUGUCCGUGCUGCCGUACAAUCAAUAAGUGGUAUGAUAAAGGAGUACGAAAACAAAGUAAGGAAACAACUAGAGAACAUACCUGCAACAGAAGAUGUUGAGACUUUAGAAAGUAUAGUCACAAUGUUGGAAACGGACAUGGCUGAGGAGUUGAAAGAGCUCAAGACUGCAUGGUUGUCUCAACAAGAUCGGUAUAAUUACCUCAGGUCCAAAUUAGCAAAUAUGAUUCCAGCUGAAAUAUUGAGAAUGGACAAGGAAUCAAUCGACCUCUACAAGGACCUUUUAAAUGAGAGCAAAGAGGCUGUACAUAACAUUAGGGUAAUGGUUGUUGGGCCGUUUGGAGUUGGGAAGACCACACUUACUAAACGGCUGUUUAGGGAAGAUGUAAACCUAAACCUACAAGAGAGUACGAAUGGCAUAGAUGUACAAGUAAGAAGAUGCAAAGUGCCUCUUAGCAACGGCCGUUGGAACAUUUUAGAAAAAGGCAAGGCGUCUGAUGACACAGCUACUCGUUUGGCCAAGUUGUUAAAUAAACAUGUCGAUGAGCAGAAGACGACUGAAAAGAAAAUGCGUAUUAGGGCUCUUUCCAAUAGCAGUGUUGAUACAAAAGUUCUUUAUGGAAGGAAAAAUAUACAUGAAGAACAAGAAGAAACACUAGUCGAGGAUUCGGUAGCUAUUUUGUCUUCUAUUGUUGAAAAAAGAAGUGUCAGCGAAACGAGUCUUACUGUCGGAUCAAAAGAUCAGGCUAUUCUGAAUGAAUUGGAGGAUCUCUUGAAGGAAGUUGAGUCACAAAUACUAGAUUUUACAGACACGAACUCUGCAGAUCUUUCAUUAUGGGACUUCGCUGGACAGUACGUGUUUUAUUCCACACAUCGGUUAUUUUUAUCCCGACGGGCUAUUUAUUUGCUAGUUACAGAUAUAUCCAAAGAUGUCAAUGAAAUAGUAAAAGAUGAGAGCUGUGUUGUGGAUUGUAAUGGCAUAAAGCAAUGGACAGUAUCAGGUGAGUUGCUAGGGAAAGCAAAUUGUGAAAUCAAAUAGGCGAUUAUUAGGUCU